UGCCCGCCCACGUCAAGGGAAGGAGCAAGAAGAGGGAAGGAGCCCAUGGCAACAAAUUGCCCCUGCUACACUUAUAUACCUAUCGUUACAUCGUACAUACUACCACCACCACUGCAUCCUGCGUUUUGCAGUCUUGCCCGGCAUUGAUUUCUUUGCUCCUCCUUACCAUCAACAACCACCACGACCAACCAACCCUCGUGUUGACGGACGCUUACAACCACGCUCGCCGCCCGUCCGUUUCUGCUCUCUUCGCGCUGUGCUGUACACACCUAUGCUGUACAUGUCGUCACCGUCACGACGCUGUCCCGCACCCACUUCAUGGGACGCAUAGGCGGCGCGCACGCGACCCGACCCGACAGUGCCGGCGGACCAACUGGGGACUCGGCACGGAGAGAUUGGCGAAAAAAAAAAAUCCAGGGGUCCAGCCGGGCCCGUCAGCGCCCGCCCCCAUUCGUUCAUCACUUUUAUUACAGCUGCUGCCCCAUCCGUCGCGCAUCCCGUCACCGGUCGCCCAUCCUUUUUCUGCGACGCCCAACGUACAACUAACUUGGCUGCUACGUCUGCUGCGCCCACGACAUACGAAGUACACGACCUCCCAACUGCUCAGUCCACCGCCGCUGCCGUUCUGGACGUCGGCGCCCGACCCCGUCUGCACGCGACCCGAUCAACGGUGCAUUGGCGCUCCGCAGACGUUGAACGCAGCACACGCCGUCGUCGAACCGAAGCCGCCUCCGCCGCUGCUGGGCCCCCCUUGGCUGCCUCCGACCGACGCACGCACACUGCCAAAUUACCCUCCCCGCUACAUCCAGCCUGGUCCCAGCCCAGCCCAGCUCAGCCCAAGCAGGCGCAUACCCAACUGCGGCUGUGAGACGCGGGACCUGCGAAAUCGUGAACCUCCCACGACCCGCAUCGGACCCUGGGCUACACGGCAGUGCAACCGGGCAGUCCAGCGAGACUCGCGGCUCUAAGGCGCUCGACUUGCGUCGCACACGCUUCGCCCUCACUCGCCUCCUCGCAUAUCACGCGCGACGCCGUUCAGAGGCAUAAACCCCCCGUCGCUGCCGCAGCCAUGUCUGAGCCGUUCCCCCUCCUCAACACCUCGGUCGAUCAGCUACACCUCGCCGACACGGACACGACGCGCCGGCGACGCAAGAGCAGCGGCCUCGGCGGCGACAUUCGCGCCGGCGAUACUGGCGCCCCUGCCCUCGCCUCUAGCAGCGCCAGCCUCGACGCCGGCGAUGGUGAUGGCUCCUCGCCGCCCGCCUCCCCGGCCUCGCCCACGUCCGCCUCCCACCUCGCGGCAGCCUUUGGCACCACCGGUGCCAGCAAUGGCAGCGCUACCAAGCGCCUUUCCAAGCGCCGCCGCGCUCGCGGGCUGGUGUCGCGCAUCCGCCAGACCAUGGUAAAGCACACCUUCGUUCUUCCCGCCUGCAUACUUCUCGUCUUCCUCACCGGCUACGCCAUCAACCCAACCGAGGCCAACCCGCUUCACCGCUGGAUCUUCCUCUCCUACCGCCUGCCCCAGGACGACCCCUCCAAACCCGUCCAGUACGGCAAGGGCCUCUGGGACGUUGCCUUUGUCGCCUUCUACACCGUCGUCCUGUCCUUCACCCGCGAGUUCAUCAUGCAGGAAUUGCUGCGCCCCCUGGCGCGCAAGACUGGCCUCGGCCGCUCCAAGCAAGCCCGCUUCAUGGAACAGCUCUACACGGCCAUCUACUUCGCCUUCCUCGGCCCCGCCGGCAUGUACGUCAUGAGCCGCACUCCCGUCUGGUACUUCAACACGCGCGGCAUGUACGAGGACUUUCCUCACCGCACCCACGAGGCCGUCGUCAAGUUCUACUACUUGUUUCAGGCCGCCUAUUGGGCCCAGCAGGCCAUUGUCCUCGUUCUCGGCAUGGAAAAGCCCCGCAAGGACUUCAAGGAGCUCGUUGGCCACCACAUUGUCAGCCUUGCCCUGAUCGGCCUCAGCUACCGCUUCCACUUCACCUACAUUGGCAUCGCCGUCUACACCACCCACGACAUCAGCGACUUCUUCCUCGCCACCUCCAAAAUCCUCAACUACAUCGACCAUCCAAUCGUCGGCCCCUACUUCUUCCUCUUCAUGUGCGUCUGGAUCUACCUCCGCCACGUCAUCAACCUCAAGAUCCUCUGGUCGCUCUUCACCGAGUUCCGCACCAUCGGCCCAUUUGAACUCAAUUGGGAAACGCAGCAGUACAAGUGCUGGAUUAGCCAGUACAUCACCACCGCUCUGCUUGCCGCGCUCCAGGCCCUGAACCUCUUCUGGCUCUUUUACAUUGUCCGCAUUGCCUACCGCUUUCUGCGCGACAAGACAGCCGACGACGAUCGCUCCGACGACGAAGAGGAUGAAGCCUCCCAGGAGAAGCCCAAGCCAAAACAGGACAAGAAGCGCGAUGUGCCGACUCUCGAGAUCAAUGGCAAGGCAGUCGCCAACGGCAGGUCCAAGUAGAUUCUUGUCAGUAGACCUGGAGUGAGCCCUGACGUGCGCGGGAUGCAUCGUUGGCUCAAGUCCGAUCUCGGUGGGACCUCGCACGUGAGCGGGCCAGUGAGAGAGCGGAGGAAAGAGAAGGUCCAUGACAUUAAUGAGCGGUUGGAAACACCGGAGGACUAAGUGCCCGCUCGAUUCACAUCACUUUUCGGCUUUGACGGUCGAUGACGGCACCCCGGGUUGGCACAUCCUCUGAAGCAUGAGGACCGGCGUUGCUUAUGCGGAAGAAUAAUAACGAAUCAUGGACACACGCUCGCUAUCGUCACGACUUUUCAACCAUCCGACAACAUCCGCGACCCCUAAAGGACGACGGGCUCACGGGCACAGCGUUUGGGACGACAACGCCCAGCCAGUAGCAGCGCUUCCUCCGCAUCAAGGACCGUUUGAUCCAGCGAAACGAUUAAAGGGCCAGCAAAAUGACAGGAGGUUCCGGCACCCUUGGGGGCUUGAGGAGAAGCGAAACCCACCCUGCAUUGCAUGCAUCUGUGUGUGAUUGAUUGUUUGACGGGGUGGAAUGGGUGGCGGCCAGCCUCGUUACAUAUAUGGGCGGCGGUGGUUGUCUUGUAAGCUUCACGUGUACUAUAUACUUUUGUUGUCGUCGGCGCGGACACAUUGGUGUUGCAUGUCGCACCACGCACGCACACACACACACACAUAACAGGUUCUUUUUAAUAUUUGACCCAUUGUUUCGAGA